AUGUUACAAUUUUCUAUAUUUCUCAUUCAUUAUUUAUUUAUUGUAUUAGUUCAAUCAAAAUUCAAUUCAACUAUUGAAUAUUUUGAUGAAAAUCUUAGUGAUAAUAAGAAAUGGGCUAUUUUAGUUGCUGGAUCUAAUGGGUUCGACAAUUAUAGACAUCAAGCAGAUGUCUGUCAUGCUUACCAUGUAUUACGUUCAAAGGGUAUAAAACCUGAACAUAUUAUCACAAUGAUGUAUGAUGAUAUCGCUCAUAAUAAGAUGAAUCCAUUUCGUGGAAAAAUUUUCAAUGAUUAUAGCCAUAAAGAUUGGUAUAAAGGAGUUGUGAUCGAUUAUAAGGGUAAACAAGUCAACCCGGAAACGUUUCUGAAAGUUCUGAAAGGAGAUAAAAGCGCUGGUGGAAAAGUUUUGAAAAGUGGGAAAAAUGAUGAUGUAUUCAUAUACUUCACUGAUCAUGGUGCACCGGGUCUAAUCGCCUUCCCUGAUGAUGAUUUACAUGCCAAACAAUUUAUGGCAACGCUGAAAUACCUUCAUAACCACAAACGUUAUUCAAAACUAGUGAUUUAUAUUGAAGCGUGUGAAUCAGGUUCCAUGUUUCAAGGAAUAUUACCGUCGAAUUUAAAUAUUUACGCGACUACAGCUGCUAGUCCAACUGAAUCUAGUUAUGGUACAUUUUGUGAUGAUCCAAAAAUACCUUCUUGCCUGGCUGAUUUAUACUCAUACGAUUGGAUUGUUGACUCACAAACACACCAGUUGACACGACGAACACUCGACCAACAGUAUAGAGAGGUUAAACGUGAAACGGAUCUUAGUCAUGUUCAGAGAUAUGGUGAUACGAAAAUGGGUAAAUUACACGUUAGUGAAUUUCAAGGAAGUCGAAACAAGGAUUUAAUUGAGGACAAUGAACCUCCAAUGAAGCCAAAGGAUUCUGUCGCUUCACGUGAUAUUCCAUUGCAUACUCUACAUCGUCAAAUAAUGAUGACCAAUAAUGCAGAAGACAAGAAGUUACUAAUGGAAAUUCUUGGUUUGAAAUUGAAGAGAAGAGAUUUCAUUGAAGAUACUAUGAAAUUAAUAAUGAAAGUAAUGAAUAAUGAAGAAAAACCUAUUUCCAAGGCAACUAUCGAUCAAACGUUGGAUUGUACAGAAUCCGUCUAUGAACAGUUCAAAAGUAAAUGUUUCACACUGCAACAGGCUCCAGAAGUUGGAGGACACUUGUCCACCCUUUACAAUUAUUGUGCAGAAGGUUAUACAGCUGAAACGAUCAAUGAAGCAAUCAUAAAAAUCUGCAAUUAA